UUUUUACGCUUUCAACGAACGCUCCUUUUGUUUGUUUGUUUACAUAAAAAUGGCAUAGGUUAUUUUCGGAGGAGCGUUUCAGUCAAAAUCAUAGCGUUGACAAGCUACAAAAUACUUCAGUUAAAAUUCAAGUAUAAUGUUUAUCAAGAAUGAGUUAAACAUCAGCCAAGUAGCACCAAAGAAGAAAAAAAAUCGUUCUCAUGACCAGGAUCUUAGGAACACUUUUAGGCGUCUCGUUCCAGACUGAAUUGUUAAUCAUGACGCUUCUAGGACUGGCAAACUCUACCCUGGACUGGAAACCUUUCGAAUUGGUUCUUCGUCUCAAUCUCAUACGCGACAUGCACUUUUCCGUUGAUGACGUUCAGCUCAGCAAUAAUUUCACCUCGUGGAUAAAGAGAGUGCUCAGAGUAACAGUCGUGGUGGAAUUCAUCUGCAGCCUUCUAAAUCCCUUCGCCUACAUACUGAAACUCUACCCCGUGAUAACUUGGAGUCGGCCUGAAAUUUUGCUCCCUUGGCUCGCGGUACACGCCUUCAAUACGAUCCUGCCGAAAAUGCUGUCGGUCGCGCUUGCCUUCGUCUUCUACUCGGAGAACAUCAUCUCCACGAUGUCCCUGAUCGAGUUCUUGAUCGUCGAGUCCGUAAACCUACUGGUAGCCUGGUACAACUGGUACGUCUUCUUCGCAUUCUACAUCGACCUCCGCGAAGUCACGAAGAAACGCAUCGCGCUUAAACGCAGUCGCGGUGCCAAGUUACCUCAUAAUCAGAUCCGCGAAAGCUUCAACUCGCUGCCCGAAAUUUACUCCAGCAUCCCAAACAUCCAGCAGAUCAUCUACGACUCGUCGACGACCAACUCCGUCAACCACAAACAACUGCGAGUCAGCAGGUCGCUCACGUCCCUGAUGGAGAACAGCAGUCAGGAGGUCGAACUCGACGAGACGUCGCUGACGACAACCGAUUCCAGCUACGCCUCACCAGCCGAGAAAUCCAUGAGAAUAUUGAGCUUGACGCAAGAGGAUCUGGAAGACGCGCGUUUGCACAAAUUACGCGCGUCGAGUAUCUUCGCUGCGAUCGUCAAACUUGAUGAGGAUAAGCCGAUCGAGGAUGACUCGUCGGAAUCGUCUGUCAGAGACGCGUGUAGUUGUUCGAGUUCGGAUGAGGAGGAGAUGCAGAUUUUGGCGUCGAAGCAAACUCAGACCAGGAAUUUCAAGCGAGACGACGAGGGGAAGGAUUAUUUUUUUAAGACCGACGUUAGGGUCAAACCUAAACGCAAAGUGACCGAUCGGAAAGUGACUGAUCGGAGUACGCAAACGAGGAAAAAACUCGACGAUUCACCGAUUAAUUCAGACAGCGCUUAUUUUUUUCUGAAGAGACGCUUCCGAGCGCUGGAUAAGAUGUGCCAAGCUUUGAACUUCGAGAACCAGCAUAUCUUGCAAAACAAGUGGCUGCUCUUUCGACACGAACUGGAUGCCAAUUUGCGUCGACAUGUUUUCUUCAAAGAGCCGUUUCCAAAUUCCCAGCCGAUCGACGACAACAGACCGACUCAGACAGAAACGCCGCCGAAGGUUAAGCGGAGAAAUAAGGAUAAAUCGAGAAAGUCCUCGGGCAUCUUGGAAAAUCAAGUUAUUAAGAGCAAAUGGAAUUACGUGAGCGAUGCAGUCGGCUCGCCAACUGAGAUAUUUAGAAAGUAUUAUGCCGAACCUACUGGUAUUAUUACGAACGAUAAAGAAUUAGCGAAAAAUCUGAACCGAAAGAAUCGCAAAUCCAACGCGUCGGUGCUGAAAUCGGUAAGACCGAUGAAGUGGUCGGAGUACACCGAGAAGCAACGAGUCAGGGAACUGAGAAAUCUUCAAGCGUACAACCACUGGACUCUCGAGCAAGACCGUCGGGAGAUGAUACAGAAGAAGAAAAAGUCCAAGAUGACUAGCUACAAAAAGGCUAUGACCGAAUUAGCCUCGUACAGCGCGGGACGACCCGAUGCAGAACUCGACGAUCAAUCUUUCGAGAGAGAAAAUUUAAAUAACGACGAGAAUGAUUUUGCGAAAAUUAGUGUUACGAAAGAAGAAAACUCUCUUCCCGAAAAAUCGCGCACUCAUUGUCCCAGCAGCAUGAGAGAAAUCAUCGAAAGCUUAGACUGGAGCAUCCGAUCAAACAACGACACACCUACGCGCAUCCGGAAAAAGUCGAACAGACACUUCGUCGAUAACAUCAGCAGAUCAUCAUCAUCAUUAGAUGAACAGCCUCAGCAUCGGGGUAUAGUCGACGACGAGACAGUGAGCACACUGCGAAGCGCCUUCUCCUACAGCGACGACAGCCAGCGCGGAUUUCGUCUAGGUCCGGAUUCACGCGAGCCGUACCCGAUAUUCCAAGUGGUAGCCGUGACCGUCGCCGAAAUCCUCAAGGCCACCGACUGGCGAAACUUCACAGGCGUGACCUCGACUAUUCGGACCGAGAACGAGGUCGAAGUGCAGUCGACUGUCAACGAUGUCGUUUUCUGCGGAGGCGGGAGUUCGAGCAAAAAUACGGAUAGUUCGACGGAUACGCGGAUAGUUGAAAGAUCGUCGGAUGACAGCGAGGAGAUCGAACGGAGGAGGAACGUCUCCUCGUUUCUCUUACAGGAACUGGAAGGACUUCUGGACUCGUCCAGGGAGACUCUGUCGGCUGUGGAAAAGUUGCGGAUCGUCGCUGCGGAUUCGAAAGAGUUACUGGCUAAAAGAAACGCCGGUAGACGAUCCGCUCGGAGAAAUUCGGAUAGGCGCGAGAAGAAGAGUUUGAUCGAGCUCUUCGAUCAUUUUUAUCAAAAGUUCGUCAGGCAUAUCGAGCGCGACGCGAGUAGUAUCGCCGAUUUUCAACGAGACUUUGAGAAACUCACGAAAACGGAAAAUUUCGCGAGGUUCAUGUCUCUGAUAACCGACGACGAAGCGACGAGAGCAGUUGCGAGCGAUGACUUCGACGGCGGUAACGAAUCGUUAUGAUUAUACACAUCAUUAAACGCGGCGGAUGUAUGCAAAUGGUGGUAAUUCAAUUAAAGAGCAGCUGUUUUGUACAAAAAA